AUGGGUGGAGUUCCAUUGAACACCUUCAAACAGAUUAAGGAGAGCCUUAAAUCUAUCUUCAAGAGAAAGAAGAAGGGUGAUAAGAACAACGCCCAGGCCGCGGAGCAAAAACCAGAAGACACCACUGCCGCUGGCGCUGGUGCAGCUACCACUGAAGCAACCACCACCCAUGAAGCCCCAGCCGCGGAAUCGCAGGAUGCAGCUCCUACAGCUACGGGCCCGCCACAAUCGACUCCUGGCAUCUCUCCGGGUACCUCGAUACCAGAGCAAGGGCAACACAAUGAUCAUGAAGCACCGACUCCAACACCAUUGCCUCAGAUUCCGCCCAUAGAGACAACGGAAUCUGCCGCUCCUGCAGAGACCCCGGCUGCCCAGCCAACUGCCGGCUUGGCUGUUGAAACAGCUCCUGAGCCCGCCAAACCCGAAGCUAAAUAA